GCAUAAAUCUGGCUAACCAUUGUCAGGUCUUCAAUCUUCAUCAUGAUCUUGCAGAAUAAUUCCAGUAUGGGCGCAGACAAGGGCUCCCCCGUGCAGUUUGAAGACUUCCUGCCAUCGAUGGUGAGGAAGCUCGGGUCCGAGGGUCUGAUUCAAGAGCUUUGCAAGGGGUUCCAGCUGCUGAUGGACCCCAGGGCAGGCAAGAUCACCUUUCAGAGCCUGAAGAGGAAUGCAGCCAGUCUCGGGCUUGGGGACCUCCAGGACGAUGAGCUCUCGGAGAUGAUGAGGGAAGGGGACCUAGAUGGGGACGGGGUGCUGGAUCAGAUGGAGUUCUGCAUUCUCACGGUCGGACUGAGCCCUGAGCUGAUGGAAGAAGAGGCACAUAUAUAAUGUUUCAAUAUUGAUGUAAUUUGAUCCUUGUUACUAGAAUACA